CAUAAAUUCUGCCAGGUUUUGUAGUUUACUAACUAAACGAUUCUUGGUUUGCUUAUGUUCAGUGGCAUUCAAGGUAGGAAAAAGAAUAUGGGAAAAGCAGUCAUGCUCCGUUUGCUUUUUGGAGUUUUGGCUGUUUUGAGUAUGUCCCUGGUGAAUGCUGAGGACCCUUACUUGUAUUACACAUGGACUGUCACUUAUGGCACUCGGUCUCUUCUUGGAGUUCCCCAGCAGGUUAUCCUUAUCAAUGAUCAGUUUCCUGGACCAAAACUUGAAGUGGUGACUAAUAACAACAUCAUCUUGAAUCUCAUUAACAAGCUUGACCAGCCUUUCUUGUUGACAUGGAAUGGCGUCAAGCAAAGGAAGAACUCAUGGCAGGAUGGUGUUUUGGGAACCAAUUGCCCUAUUCCUCCAAACUCAAACUAUACAUAUAAGUUCCAGGCCAAGGAUCAGAUUGGGUCUUACACAUAUUUCCCAUCAACUCUAAUGCACAGAGCUGCUGGAGGAUUUGGGGCACUCAAUAUAUACCAUAGAAGUGUGAUUCCAAUCCCUUAUGCAAACCCUGAUGGAGAUUUCACUCUACUUAUUGGUGACUGGUACAAGACCAGCCAUAAGACAUUGCAGCAAACUUUAGACUCAGGAAAAUCUCUGCCCUUUCCUGAUGGAGUCCUGAUAAAUGGCCAGACUCAAACUACCUUUAGUGGAGAGCAAGGCAAAACUUACAUGUUCAGGAUCUCAAAUGUUGGAUUAUCCACCUCACUGAACUUCAGGAUUCAGGGCCAUACAAUGAAGCUAGUUGAGGUUGAAGGAUCUCACGUGAUACAGAACUUAUAUGACUCUCUUGAUGUACAUGUGGGCCAAUCUGUAACUGUCUUGGUAACCUUGAAUCAGCCGCCAAAGGACUACUACAUUGUUGCAUCCACAAGAUUUACUAAGACUGUUCUGACUGCAACUGCAGUGUUGCACUACACAAACUCACAGACCCCGGUUUCUGGACCCUUGCCAGCUGCUCCUGCAUACCAAUAUCAUUGGUCAAUGCAGCAGGCAAGAACAUAUAGGUGGAAUUUGACAUCAAAUGCAGCCAGGCCUAAUCCUCAGGGUUCAUUCCAUUAUGGGAAGAUAACAACAACUAAGACAAUUGUCUUGGCCAACUCGGGAUCUUUAAUAAAUGGAAAGCUGCGUUACACAGUGAAUGGUGUCUCCUUUGUUAAUCCUGAUACCCCUCUGAAACUUGCUGAUUAUUUCAACAUCCCUGGAGUUUUUAGCAUGAGUUCCAUUCAGGACCUCCCUUCAGGUGGUGCUGCAACUGUAGCUACCUCCGUUGUGCCAACUUCUCUCCAUGAUUUUAUUGAAGUUGUCUUUCAGAACAACGAAAACACCAUGCAAUCUUGGCAUCUUGAUGGUUAUGAUUUUUGGGUUGUUGGUUUUGGCUCUGGACAGUGGGCACCAAAAAAGAGAAGAACCUACAACCUAAUCGAUGCUCUUACAAGACACACUACUCAGGUAUAUCCAAAUUCUUGGACCGCCAUAUUGGUCUCCUUGGACAACCAGGGCAUGUGGAACAUGAGGUCUGCAAUGUGGGAAAGGCAGUAUCUUGGGCAACAAUUUUACCUGAGGGUCUGGACUCCUGUUCGCAGUUUUGCUAACGAAUAUGACAUUCCCUCCAAUGUCCUACUCUGCGGCAAAGCUGUUGGACGUCACCCUUAGUUUUUGAUUAACCAUCCAUAUCGAAUCUGCUUGCAGUCAUGAGAGUUUGACUACGGCAAAAAUAGAUGAGAGAAAAGAGCGUGGAUUGAAAUAUUUGGCCUUUUCAUUUGUAUAUCUUAGAAUCGUUAGAUAAAUUUAUCUAUUCCAUUGUCUUACUGUAUUAGCUCCGAGGGCUUGAAUUAUAUUCUGAAAAAAGUUAUGAGGUUUGAUUAAUUUUAAAUCAAAUUGUAUCAAGCAUUUGGUGCUGCUGUAUCUAAGUUAAGAAGGAUCAUUUGGAUGUAU